CCUUGCACUGAGACUGUCAGUCAGCGUCUCCCAUCGUACAUGACUUUACUUUCACAACAUGUCAACUACAACUACACCUGGUACCAUAAUUCUUUUCUUUCCAACACCCUACCACUUCCAUUCUGUCAUUUCACUCUAAAUCAUUCUUGAAUCACCAUCUUGCCAAUUCUUUCAGUCCAUUACGUUCAUUCUCGCCUUGUCUCGCUUUCUUGUCGUCAAUUACACCUCCCCUCCUUAAAACAUGAGUUCAGCUCCUAGACUGGUCAGCAGUCCGGCCGCCAGGAGACUGGUGUUGCAAUCACAUUCACGCCUGGCGCAUACCUCGGCGUCGCGGCUGACCACUUACUCUUCGAGGUCAAAGUUCAUUCGGGACCUUCCCCCUCAGCUACACGCCCUUGCCAUUAUCCUUCCCAGAAGAGCCUAUGCCACAGAAACUACCUCACACAGCCAUGACUCAGGCCCUCCCCCAGGUUUCAAUCUCGAUGAAGCCAAAAAACCAAUUGCAACCAAGACCCAAGCCCCCCCGUCGGCCUCCGAUGUGAAAAAGACUGAAUCGAACCAGACCCCAAAUUCCGGUGCUACUGCCACCGACAAGACAAAGGCACUCGAACAAGCCAGUUUAACCGAACUAGCCACUGAGAAGAGCAAAUCCGAAACCUCAGUGGCUGCCAAAAAGGAAGACCCCAAGAAACUUACUUUGGGUCAGAAGAUUAAAAAAGAGGUGGCUCAUUAUUGGGAUGGGACAAAAUUGCUGGCCGCAGAAGUAAAGAUUUCCUCCAAGUUGGCUUUGAAAAUGGCUGCUGGCUACGAACUCAGCAGACGUGAGAAUCGACAGCUCCAGAGAACAGUUCAAGACCUGGGCCGCCUCGUCCCCUUCUCCGUCUUUGUCAUUGUCCCGUUCGCCGAACUCUUGUUGCCUGUCGCUCUUAAAUUGUUCCCCAACCUUCUUCCCUCUACCUACGAAGGCCAAAAGUCUCGCGAGGCAAAGGCCGCUCGACUCCGGGAGACCCGGAAGCAGGUGUCUUCCUUCCUUCGAAACACCCUUCGUGAGACCGGCCUUCCUGUCUCUGCCGUGGCUGCCAAAAAGGAAGAGUUCACACAGUUCUUCCGCAAAGUCCGAGCCACCGGCGAAUCCCCCUCCAAAGAGGAUGUCAUCAAAGUCUGUCGUAUUUUCAAAGACGACGUCACUCUUGACAAUCUCUCGCGACCCCAAUUAGUCGGCAUGUGCAAAUACCUCAACCUAAACACUUUCGGCACCGACACAAUGCUUCGAUAUCAGAUUCGCCACCGCAUGCGCCAGACCAAAAGAGAUGACAAGGCAAUCUCUUUCGAAGGUGUCGACUCUCUUUCAGUUCCUGAACUCCAGAUGGCCUGUGCUGCCCGCGGUCUCCGGACGCUUGGUAUGUCACCUGGCAAGCUUCGAGAGGAUCUGCAAAUGUGGCUCGACCUCCGACUCAAGUACAACAUUCCAUCUACCCUUUUGGUCCUCAGCAAUGCAUACAUGUAUACCUCUAGCAAGGAUAGCGAGAUUGACUCCCAGAUCGAUGCCCUUCAAGCCGUGUUGAGCAGCAUUCCCGAGGAGCUUUUCCACGAAAUCGAACUCGAGGUUCACAAUGCCGAGGGCGCUGCCACCAACAAACAGCGACUCGAAGUCUUGAAAGAGCAGCAAGAGCUGAUUAACGAAGAAAACGAGCAAGUCGAGUCAAGCAAAACCGAGGACGGCAAAGUCGCCAGUGAGCCGGUCAAAGACGACAAGGACAUUGACGAGAAGCCGAAGCCCAAGGACGAAGACGUCGAGGCCAAGGCAACUGAGACUGAUCCUGCAGCUGCUGAGGCACGAGAAGCCGAGUCAGAUGUGGUUGAGCAGGGCAAGAAUGAAGAGGUGAAGAAGGAGGAAGACGUCAAGAAAGCCUGAUCCUUUACUUUCACUUCCCCAUCAGAGCCUCACUCUUUGACUCGACGCUGAAAAUCCGUGUGGACUGAAAUUUGAAUGCUACAUCCGUGGAUGACCACAGGCUGCAUGACCCCUUUUAUUUCCCCUCUGUAUCAAAGAAAAUUUGCGCAUGUUCUGACCAUCAGGUUUUAAAACCUCGUUUGCGUUGCCCGGAUCUCACAGGCAUUUGCACCUGACUGAGAGCAGCAGCAGCAGCAGCAGCAGCUUCUGCGGCCUCCUUGUCGAAGCGUAAAGGAAACCCCAGUCCAGUGUGAUAGACAUGGUGGUGUAUGCAAGACUGGACGUUCAGGCAUAUCGGCGCUUUUGGAAAAGGCAUGAAAAGAGUCAGGAGUCUCUACACACCGCUCAGAACGUUUAUAUGGCUCUCUCAUCAUUGGAGGCUGAAAGAAGAGCCCCAUAGAGAGUCGGCUACGAAUCUCAUAGAAUGUCGAAUAUAGAAAGAAACCCUUUUAAACCUGAGA